AUGUCGCCCAUCAAGAUACCCGGCUCUUCCGAGCUAUACAGCGUCGAUGAUGCCGACCAGCCACGAUCGCUGAACUUCGACGGCGAUCGCGAGCACGAUCUCAACAGUGUGCCUCAGUAUCCUCACGCCAAAUCAGGAACAUCCAGCAGCCCAGACCAGCCCCGACAACCGCGCCAUCAGCUCUCUCCCAUCUCGUAUCCCGUCGUGACAGGGUCAUCCAAGCAAAAUGACAGCGCCUUCGAUGCCAUGCUCAACAGCCCACCAAAGAAAAAGUCGAUCGGUUCCAAGAUCUUGUCCAAAUUCAAGCCCGCCUCAUCCGACGAGAAAGCCGAUCCUUCUAGCAGUCCGCACUCACAGCAUACCAGCGGCGCUCAAACACCAGCUCGCGCGUCUCUUGGCAGUCGCGCUGCUCAAGAAGCAGAGGCGCACGAGUUGCGCCGUGCCCUGUCCAAAGAGCAACAGAGGCGGGACAAGAGCAAGCAAGCAUCGUUCAGCAGCACCGACGGACUUCGGAACAGGGGUCUUUUUCGCAAGAAGCACAAGCUCGAUAAGGGAGCUCCGCAAGACUCGGAUCUGGAUGAGCACGAUGACCACCGCAUCUCCGAAGAGACGACCCGCUACAUUGCCGAGCAACCUUCGCAUCUUGGCCGCUUCCGCAGCGGAUCGACAAAACACUUUCCUGGCGGACUCUACGACACUGACGACACCAGAACCGACGCACGCCUCAUACGCGAUCAAGAAGCUUCUACUCAAUUGGACAGUCAGCGGCCCGGACGAGCUGCUACGUCACUGGACGAAGCUGCUAAAGAUCUUUUUGCGCCCCUGAGCGACAAGCUCGACGAAAUAUUGGACGACGGCGAUCUGCACGAUUACGACUCGGAUGGUUCCGACGAUACUAUCGACCAUCUGAUUCGUGAGGCGGAUGGAUACGAUAGCUUGCGAUACAAUACCCAGGGAGACAUGUCCGCAGGGAUCGAUUUCGACACCCUUCAUGCCGUUCACCAACGGGAGCGCUCAUUGAGCAAGAGCAAGGAUGCGCAGAGCAGCCGAAGCUCUUAUUCAGGAGGCGCCGCCAAGGCGCUCAGUCAGCCCCUCUUGGAACUCGAAGACAUCGAGCUCGAGACCUUCUUGCAGAACUUUGCUCGUCAUACAAAGGAGGUCACCGUAACACGACCCUCCGGGAUGCAAAAGUACAGGAUGCCAAAGUGGUCCGACUUUCGCGUCUCGCCUAAUGAUAGCACUGCCCCUAGCCCAGGUAACAAGAGGCCGUCGAUGCUCAGUCGAGUCGAUCGCGGUCUUCACCAUCUUUCCGAACAUCCGACGUCUGCUAUCGCUUCGGACCCACAUGGAAUGGACCCGACCGCUCCGACCGGAGACGGGCUUGGAGCAGAGUCAAUGUCAGACGAUAAUGAUCGCAAUACCAAGAAGACAACGCCUUCCAAAAAGAAGGCAAAGGGCAAGACGCCCAAACGGACUAUUUCUGGCAACAGCAAAACGUCCUCGCACAUGGAUGACAACAGCGAUGAAGAUUGGGACCUGAUUGUGCCUUCGUCACAGGAUGCCUUCAGCCCUGACGACGAGCUGCGUGUCUAUGCGGAGGACGAAGGCGUGGACGGCGUCGCUUUUUGCAUCGCUUACAUUCUUGCGUUGGUCGAGCGCUUGGCGCCCGAAGAGAUUGAGCAUCAUACAGACAGAGGCUACCGGGAAGGUCUCAUACGUUCGCAUCUCGAACGUCUCUACACCAUUGCACCUUUCUGGGAGCAGCUCGCGUUCCGGAUCCGCCGUUUGUACCGAUGGGAGGAUCCCAAGACAACGGCGGCGGCGGCCAUGAUCUACUUUGUGCUUUGGUACACCAACAUGAUUCCGACCGCCUUCAUUCUUAUGAUCAUGUUCUUCAUCAUGCGAUUCAAGUACUUCCCACCGUCAGAGAGCUACCUCCACGACGCGGUCAAGUUGCGCAUGGCCCGUGGUCAGGCUGCCAAUACACUUUCAGAAAAGCUCCGUCGUCGCAGUCGACUCGAUAUUCUCAACAUUUACAAGCGAUGGAUCGUCACGUUUGGCAAACCGACUCAGGAGGCCAUGGGCCUCGUCGCCGACUUUCACGAAAAGGUCAAGAAUCUCAUCCUGUGGCGAAACCCAGGUGCGAGUCGGCGUACGCUGGUCCUCUUCGGUGUCCUCAACCUCUUUGUCACGUUUGCGCCUGCGCAGUACGUCUCCAAGGCCAUCUUCUUCUUUCUUGGAAUCACCUUCUUCUGCCUGCUGCCGCUGCAGAGCUACUUUCCGUCGCAUCGCAAAGCUCUGUCCCCUCUGUGGUGGGCGACAUUUGGAGCACCGACCGAUGCCCAAUUUGCGGUGCAACUGCUGCGCAAACGGCAUCUGGAUGUCGACCGCUUUGCGGGUCAGUUGAGUACUGCCGCUGACGUUCGACGAGCUGUACGGUCGCAGGGCAACAAGUCCAAGCUCAAACCUCGACCGGAUCGUCGCGAAGAGGGGAUCGCCUACGAUCAAAUAGAGGACCCGUCCCGGGCUACCACCGACUACGUCGAGAUGACCAACGAUGCCACGCUCAAGCCGCGUAAGCUAGGUAGCUUCUUCUGUCAGUACAAGGGUCUUCCUGGUCGCUUGCAUGUCAACACCAAAUACCUCUACUUCACACCGCUUCACUCUCCCUCUCAGAAGCGAGGCCGCACACCCAUCGACGCGAUCGAGUCGAUUGUCAAGACCAAGAGCAUUCGACUGAUGGUGUGGAGCUCGCUGGGCCUCAAAAUCGUUCGAAACAACGGCAAGGCACCGCUCUUGUUGGCCAAUCUGCCCAAUAGGGAUGAAGCAUUCAACCUGAUUCUGGCCGUUUCAACGAAUGACGAAGAAUUGGCCGACAUUGGUUGA